AUGAACAUCAAUAACAAGACGAAUUACCCUCCACUGCAACGACGUCGACGAAUAUCUGAUCAUGCCUCCCCGGUCUCUCCUCGGCGAUAUAUCGAUCGUGCCAAUAGAAAUAGCGACCUUGUCAGUCCCGCUGAAGCCACUUCAGGAACGGACGACUCGGACAGCCCGUCUAUCAAUCUCGCAUUAGCUUCGCCUACAUACGACCAUUUCGCCGCCUUGCCCACGGCCUCUCCUCUCACAAGACCGCCGGUCAUAGAUCCGGGAUUAUAUGAAAGGGUAUCUGAAGAGACUGGUCGACCUAGAUUUCGUACAUUUGACGAGGCUGCCCGUCCUGCGACCAGCGAUGCGGCGGAUCCAAACAGUGUUACCCUGAAGUCGAGACCGCCGACCAAUGUGCCAGCAAAUCCCACUGUGAGACCUCCGGUACCAUAUUCUCCCGGUUUUACGGACUAUCAGGAGCGAAAGACGUUGGACCCACCAAUAAAGCUGGGAGAGUAUACGGCCUCUCCCAAUCUCCGUAAUUACAAUGUUUCCUCUCCGAUCCCGGAUCGGUCGACGCACGAUGAACCCGUGCCAUCCAAAGGACAUGCGGGUAAGAAGAGCAGACUGAAUCUCCUCAAUCCUAUGAGUUUGCUGGCUCGUCGAAGAUCCUCGCAGAACCAGAAGCUGGACGAUAUCAAUCUCAGUAUCAGUACUCUGUCUGUUCCAGCCUUGCCAGACAACUUCGAUCCAAGCAUCCGGGGCAAAGUCGUGCAUGAUUUUUCCGCCCCGCGAACUCGCCGACAGUAUUCUCACAAUGAUAUUGGCAACGUGGAUUCUCCGGCCUGGCACUCAGCUUAUGGAUCCGAUCCGCCUCGAACCAAUGAUUCGUCUGGUGGGAAGCCCUCCCCCAGCGCGACAUCCCAUAUUACACACAGUCCCAUGUUCAAAGAACACUUCCAGGAUGACAGGCCAUCAUUACAGCCCGAUCGGACCGGGUACUUGCACAAUAUCAAUGCGUUCAACGCCGCCCAUGAUGCCCAGGACCCAAGCAGUGUUCCGGCUUUUGCAAAGAGACUUCCAUCUGCAGUUCCACAGGCCGAUUUCGAGUCCCAGCCCGAGCCCCCGGACAAGGAAAAUCUGCCGAUACCUCCGCCGGUUGAGCCUUCGCCUCCGCCGCCAACACCGCCACCGAAAUGCACUCCAUCACCCAAAUUCGACAUUCCGCCUCCGGCAGCACUUCCCAAGCAUAUGACAAGCACUUCAUCGCGGUUCAGCUUUCAAAUCGGCGGCGGCGGUUCCUCGGUGCAGGAAAAGUUGCUCGAGGAAAAACACAAACAACACGAAGCAACCAAGAAGAUCAAUAAUGAGGGCACCGAUGAAGAGGGAGAUGAUUAUGCAGACUAUGAUUUUGAUGCCGAUGACGAUCUUGAAGAGAAGAUUCCUGGAAUUAACGCUGAUUUCGAGGAGGAGGAGGAGGAGGAUGGGUUUGGCAUCGACAUCCCGGAGGGUAAAGCGCUCGUGGCUCGCUAUGCAGCUCCCGAGCCUCAGGAAGAACCCUCAUCCGAAGUUAAGACAACGGCCCUUCAACGACAAUCUCUGCAGGGCUUUCACUUCACCCCUCAGUCCAUGACUUUCAGUCCCACAAGCACGAAUAAUGCGUCCCAACCCACCCCGAGGGAUCAUGAAGGCUUUGCCAUUGGCAUCGCAGACUCGAGAUCAUCUCGAGAUGAAACUCUAGAUCUUGAUAGUAAAGACGGGGUGGUGGAGAUCGGGAAGGGUCCCAUGCUGGGAGGUCUUGGGAUUACGACCGCUGAAGUUCGUGGACGUCGGUCUCGGCAAACAUCUCGUCCGCACGGUCAAGUCUUCGAUGAUGAGGACCUCUAUUUUGAUGAUGGCGAAUUUGGUCCCGUCGAGAUUGAUCCUUCCGGCACAUCCUUCGACGAGCAGAUUUUCGACGACGAGACGGGCAAGAUUCGCGACAUUCCCGCAGAGAACGCUCGAAAAGCUGAAGCUGCCCGACAAUCAGGGGGCUUGGACGGAGAAGUCAAGGUCAUUGGCCCUUGGGGUGAUGGUCAGGGUGGAAAGUUGCCCCUGAACGUCCACCAAGAUCCCGUCGAACAGCCGUCUCGAACUUCACGAGAUCGUCACCAAAUUAGCCAAACCAACUCCAUGCCAGGACAUUCCAUUGCCGGUCUCACUGAAACUAAUCUGGCCGCCUAUCAUGAUGCUUUGGCGUUUGCAGCGAAUCAAGCAGCUGCCAAUGGCAAAUUUGACCGUAAGGUCAGCUUCAGCCAGAACUCCGACGACACGUCCCAAUCACAGUUCGAGAACAGUCAACACGGAGUCAUUUCUGAUGACAGCCGGUUCAGCUAUAAUCUCAGCUCGGCAAUCGCGGAGGAUGAUGGCUUUCCGUUUGACGACGAUCUUGACGACGAUCCUAUGAUUGCAGAAGCCAAUGCCGAGGCUCUAGAGAAUGACGAUGAAGGUUUCUACGGCCAAGAAUUUGGAUUCUAUGCACGCUCCCACGGCAAGGGAACUUCAGAGCUCGUCAAUGGCGGCUACUUCGCCGAUCGGGGCUCCAAUGGAGUCAAGCGAAGCCACAGCGGCAAGGCCAACUUCCAGGAACCUAGUCUGACUCCCAUCACCGAGCGCAGUGAAUGGAGUACGAGGAAUUCGGUGGCAUCUCUACAGAUUCCUGGCGGCUUGCCGGCUUCAGCACAAUCGAUGCCGAGUCCUGGUAUUGCUCAGUUGCUUGAGCUCGAUUCGCCGGGCUACGACGACGAUAUGAGCUUCGGUGCAUUGCUGAAGCUUCGAGGAAGGACAUUUGGCGGCAGUUCUUCGAGUGUGAACAGCCUGGCCGCUGGACAUCCAGCCAGUUCGUCUCUGGCCCACGUCUCCAACCAUUCGUUUGCUCAUUCGGAUCUCGGCUUGGGAAGGAUGUCGUCGUCAAUCCAUGGUCGAUCAUCGCCAGCAGGGAUACCUGAAUCGGAGGAAGAGGAGGAAGAUACAGAAAGACCGACGCUGACGCAGAACACACCACGCAAGCAAAUGACCGAGCCUAUUGUGGUCACAUCGCAGGAGGAACUGCCCCCAUCGCCCGCUUCGGCCGCUGGGGACCGGCGAAAAGGCCAUCAUAGCAGAACGAGCAGUGGUGCCGAAAGUGUGAGCUAUGCGCGGGACACAGAUGGCCGGUGGGUGAUGGAAAGACGGCGAACUGAUGAGGGAAGCGGAGAAGAAGUUGUUGAUCGUGAAUAUCUAGCAGGAACUCGGAUCUGA